UACAUCGACGAGGGCGCUAUCACAGUUUUAUAUGCCCUAGCUAGCUCCGUGUGAAAAGCCAACAUUUUCGCGUUUUAAAUACUUUGUAUUUUUCUAAAGUAUGUUAAAUUCUACAAUAAAUAUAGUAUAGUUCUUCGCCAUAUUUACGUACAUGAUGAUUCGAGUCAGUUUAGUAUUACUCCACUUAGCUUUAUACCAAGUUUUAUUUGUAGGCCUUCAUCAUUGUGGGAAAAAUGAUGGCAGCCCGAUGGCCGUUGCAGAAACAUCUCUCGACCCGUACGAUGUUCUGGGUGUUCGUCGCACUUCUAGUCUGAAAGAUAUCAAACGUGAAUACAAAAAACUAGCUCGAGAAUGGCAUCCAGAUAAGAAUGAUGACCCUGAGGCACAGCAGAAGUUCAUUCAAAUUUCGCAAGCUUAUGAGAUCCUUUCUGAUGAAGAAAAGCGUAGAGAGUAUGAUGAGAAUGGACAUGUUGACGACCACCAGCCACAGCGCUACCAACAGCAAAGCUUCAACUUCGGCGGUUUUUCAUUCAGAUUCGAAAAUUUUGGUGGUAGAGGUGGAGGUGGGGGGAGUCGAAGCGACAACUCGCAGAGGAUCACAUACCCAAUGUUUCAUAACACAAUUUUACCAGAAAGUCAUAAGAAAGCGUAUAUGCUGCUUGUUACCGGACAAUGGUGUUUUAAUUGUGUUCGUGUUGAAGAAAUUUGGGAAAAAAAUGCUCAGGAACUAAAGAAUGCUGGUAUUGGCAUUGGGACUGUGCAUGCCGAUUACGACCGUCGCUUAUUGCGCGACCUUGGUGUUAACAGUUGGCCCUCUAUCGUUGGUGUGUUAGACAAGAGAAUUCAUUACUUUGGAUCACAGAUGGUUAUCAAUAUUGAAAACUUGAAGGCGUUUGCCAUGAAAAUGUUUCCCACGACACACAUCGAUAAGGUAGAUGACGAAAACUUCCAAACUUUUCUGGCUGGCCAUUCUGACAACCGUCCUCGGACGCUGUUGUUCUCGCGUAGGUCUGUGCCAUCUCUUCUUUAUCUAGCCACUGCCUACGAAUUCAGAGACAAGAUGGCGUUCGGAUUUUCAAGCUUCAAGAGUCCAGUGCACAGUAUGUGUAGACAGUAUGGCGUGGAUAGUACGCGUUUACUGGUGUUUAAAGAAGAUGCAGACAACUAUGUCGAUAGCCUAGAGGCUAGUAUGCUGGAACGGGAAUCGAUUCGUGAUGUCAUAAUGGACAACAAGUAUCUGUACGCUCCGAGACUGUCAUCACAAACUGUGUUCGAUGACCUUUGCCCAGUCUCUCCAUCAAAGAAAAAUCGCAAAGUUUGUGUGAUCCUGUUCACGCAGAGAGGGAAAAAUCAUGAUCAGUUUCGCAGAACUUUCAGCCAAGUUGCUGUUGAUACAACUUUCUUUCCUGAUGGGUCAAGGUUCAUGUAUGUGUACAAAGAAACGCAGAGAGACUUUACACGCAUCAUUGGUGUGGAAUUUACGCAGGACUCAAGACUUCCGGUUGCUGUAGUAUGGAGACGAACAAGAAAUAAGCUCAAUUUUGAUUGGUUGCCUGGCGGCUGGAAGAAGAAUGAUGAAGAUGACAAUCAGAGGCGAUUGAGAGACUACUUGGUGGAAUUAUCCAACUACAUUUCCACUUUAAGACAAACUAGAGAAAUUGAGACCAUGGAAGAUGAAAACGCACCGCAUUGGCUGACGCUGUCAGUAAGGUCCAUAUACUCAACGUGUAAGGCUUUCUUGAGGUCAGCAAUAGAAUACAUAUCCAAUAGUAUAUUGGUUGAUGUUGUUUCGGUGCUCCGUUCUGUUCUUCUUCCAUACAACUAUAUCAUGCAUAUAUAUGAUAUCAUAUCAUUAUUAUCAGUUUUGAUGGUGAUAAUUGGAUAUAUGUCAAGUAUACAUAUCUGGAUCUGCAAGCUAUUUUUUAAUAGGAGUAAAUCAAAUGUUGGCGCACCAAUGAACGAACCCCCUAGAAAACAGCACAUCAGUGUAUACUCUUUAGAUCCAAUAAGUAAUGAGACAUUGGUCCUAAGAGCGCCCCCAGGCCAGAUGACUCUGCUCAUCCUCAUCAAUCAGGCUAAUGAGAAAGAGCUGGUUGUCGAGGCUGAGAAAGCUAUCAAAUGUCAAAUUGAAAGAAUGGAAGGUUGGCACUUGUCAUGUCUUCAAGUUGAUAAAUAUAGUUCGUGGUACGAGCAACUAACCAAUCAAACUCUAGGCACACAGGAUGUAAAGGAAGUCGUAGGGAAUAUUCUUGCCAUUAACGGACACAGAAUGUACUAUUGUCUGUACAAUGCACGGACGCAGAUUGCUACUUACCGAGCCUCACAUCAAUGCUCGCAAGUGAGUCCGGAAUCUGUCGGUUUUGGGGAUUCCGACAGCGAUACAGAUGAUGAAAACGAGUUUCUUAUUGAUAAUUUUUAUGCUCCAUUACCCAUUUGGAUUGACAGACUUUACGAUGGCUCAGCCAAAAGGAUACAGGUUACAGAAUGGCCAACCUUCGACCCUAGAAAAGAGCACAUCAGUGUAUACUCUUUAGAUCCAAUAAGUAAUGAGACAUUGGUCCUAAGAGCGCCCCCAGGCCAGAUGACUCUGCUCAUCCUCGUCAAUCAGGCUAAUGAGAAAGAGCUGGUUGUCGAGGCUGAGAAAGCUAUCAAAUGUCAAAUUGAAAGAAUGGAAGGUUGGCAGUUGUCAUAUCUUCAAGUUGAUAAAUAUAGUUCGUGGUACGAGCAACUAACCAAUCAAGCUCCAGGCACGCAGGAUAUAAAGGAAGUCGUAGGGAAUAUUCUUGCCAUUAACGGACACAGAAUGUACUAUUGUCUGUACAAUGCACGGACACAGAUUGCUACUUACCGAGUCUCGCAUCAAUACUCGCAAGUGAGUCCGGAGUCUGUCGGUUUUGGGGAUUCCGACAGCGAUACAGAUGACGGAAACAAGUUUCCUAUUGAUAAUUUUUAUGCUCCGUUACCCAUUUGGAUUGACAGACUUUACGAUGGAUCAGCCGUAAGGAUACAGGUUACAGAAUGGCCAACCUUCGACCCUAGGUGAUGCAGAUAAAUUUAAAGUUUUCCGUUUUGCAAUUAAAUGUUUGUUAUUGUUUGUUAA